AUGCCAACCACCUCGGACAGCCAUUGGAGCUGGGGGUUCCGUCUAAUAAUCUCGCUACGGGACGACACGUACUUGGCUGCAGACCGGCCAUUUGACCUCUCAUCAUCCUUCGACCUCUGUAACUUCUCCAUGUCGAAGUCCACUCUAGUAGCCGUGCUUCGCCAUUUAAACCUCGAACCGGAGUUCAUUGAGACCGUUACGUCCUUGGGAGACGACUCGAAGGUUUCAUUCUCCCUAGAAGACCUGGAUUCUCGAAGUCUGAGUUACAUUAUGCGGACAGAACGAGCGCUGCCAUCAGACUUGAUCCUCGCCGUAAGGUCCACAGCUGAUAAUCAUCACUCAUUCACGACUGGAUUUCUCCAUGGCUGUACGGAAAAUGAAGCCCAACAUAUCGUAGGAUGGCUGAAGCAGGCCUCUCAAGCCUUGCAGGAACCCACCCUUAUGGCCUUUCUUCUGGCUGAGAUCCAAUAUGAGCGCCAUACCCACAUCACCCAAGAAUACUGGCGCCGAUACGACGACCUCUUCUUCGAACUCCAAGAAAAAGCUAGAGUGAUAACCAAACUCUCCCCUUUCACGGAGGACAGGACCCGCGAUCUGCCCGAGAUAGCUGACUGGUUGAGCACCAUUUUCGCCAUGCACAGCAAGCACGGCCGUAUGUAUCGUCAUUUCUGUACUUUCCAAGCAAACAUCGACUUGCUGCAAGACCUCGCGGAACAGUCGUUGCAGAGACAAACAACUCCACUUAGUCCCCGAUUCCAGACAGCAACCUCAAUCACCCACCGGUUGCAGCAAAUAGCUACUGGAUACAAGGACCUGGAACAGCAAACAUUGCUCCUCAAGGAAGGCGCCAGUCUCUUACUGACUACAUUGUGGAGCUUGAUCGCCCAAAGCGACAGCAAAAGAUCCCAGAAGGCAAAUAUCAUCAACCAGGAGAUUGCCACUUCGAGUCGCGUCAUCGCCAAAGCAAGUGGGAACGAUAGCUCGGCGAUGAAAGCGCUCGCUGUCCUCACCAUGGUGUUCUUGCCUGGAACUACACUGGCAACCGUCUUCGCCCUUCCUGCAUUUGACUGGGAGUCUCAUAGUUUCUGGCCCACGGCCCGAUCGAGUAUCUGGAUCUUCUGUGCCCUCUCAGCCAUCUUGACGCUCCUGGUGCUCUACACUUGGCGGUACUGGUUCCUCGGUACGAUUUGGGAGAAAGACGCGGCUAACGGCACUAACGUGUCGUACCGGGGACUGGAUGGACUCCUGCUCCGGCGCCAUGACCGGCAGAAAUUGACCGGAUAUGGGGAUAAGAAGGUCGUCUUCUAG